AUGCGGCGUCGUGAAGUCCGCAUCUGCAAGGAUGCUCCCAAGGCCGCCCGGGAUGGAGUGAAGGCGCUAUACGAGACGAAGUCCAAGUCGCGGGAGCAGAAGAGCGCGGCUGAAGUCUCGGCCGUUGCUGCAGUUUCCGGCGCUGUUGGCGAGGCGGCGAAGAGGUCUUGCAUGACCGACUUCUACGGCGACGAGUCAGCCGGCAAGAAGAACGAUGCCGACGAGUCGAUCUGCCUCGCGUUCGCCGCUCUGCGCCUCCCCGAACACCACGCGGACCACCCUGUUUCGCGCAACAUGGUCUCCUGCAUUGCGCGUGCGGGCGACGGCUACGUCGCACCGAGGCGGCGGUUCAUCGGUGGCGUCGGGCUCCAGAAAUGUCGUAAGCGCAUUGAGGCGGCGCUUGUUCCAAUCGCGGCGAGCUGGCGACGGGAUGGCGUAACGGUGUCGAGCGACAUGAUGACUGACCGUAACCACCGUCCGCAGGCGAAUGUCCUUCUGAUCAACGACAGUGGCGCGGUCUUCGUGGAGUCUGUCGACACAAAGAUGGAACAGAAGACGGGAGGUUACAUCGCUUCGCUUCUCCGUCCGAUUCUCAAGAAAGCCGGACCGGAAAACGUGGUGGCAUUUUGCAUGGACGGCGGCUCGAACUAUGCGGUGGCGUGCAGGGAGCUGAUGGAGGAUUACCCCCACAUUGAGCAAGUACCUUGUGCUACCCACGUCCUCGAUCUCAUGAUGGAGGACGUGGGUAAGAUGGACUGGGCGACGAACCUCGUCUCCCGCGGGAACGAGAUCAUCACCUUCACGCACAGCCACCACUUCACGCGGGGGUAUUUGCGGAGCCCACUGGUCAAUGGCGGGAAGGGCAAGCAGGUCCUGAAACCCGCAGGCACUCGCUUCGGCACGCAAUUCAUCGCUAUUUCACGCCUUUGCGAAGUCCGCCUUUCCCUCCUGCAGAUGGUGUUAAGCGAGGAGUGGAACGACUGGGCAACAGGCGCAAGGAGUAAGAGCGCGGCCACUUUCCGCGAGCACAUCAUGGACGAGACUUGGUGGAAGACGGCCGAGUUCUUCACCAAGCUCAUGGCGAAGCCGUUCGCCAUCAUGCGCGCUACGGAUGCCACAACAAAGGGGAUGAUGGGGCGCCUCUAUGACUCCAUGCUGCAGCUCACCGAGGACGUGGAUGACAUCCUCGAGGAGCACUCCGCGGGGUACCUGACGAGGGUGGAGGUUAAGGAUAUCCGCCUCAUCGUGAAGGACCGGUGGGACAAGUCCUUGGCGUGCCCCUUGCAUGUGGUUGGCAGGAUAUUGAAUCCCGCCAACCAAGAGGAGGGCAUCUUCAGGAACGACGUCGAAUGCACGCGCGUGCUGAAGGCCUACAUCGCCAAGCACUACGACCACCUCACCUUCACCGAUAGCGACGGCGAGGAGCGCCGUGCCUCCCUUGUGCUGCAGGAGGAGCUGACGGCGUACCUGACCCUGCAAGGAAGUUUCGGCCUGCCCACCGCCAUUGAAGUCCGCGCGGCGGUGAAGGCGGGGAAGAUGACGGCCGUCCAGUGGUGGACUUGGCACGCCACGGAUGCGCCCCACCUUGCUACGUGCGCAAUCCGCAAUCUCUCGCAGCCGGUGUCCGCGGCGCCCUGUGAGCGCAAUUGGUCCAUGUGGGACGCGGUCCACACGGCAAGGCGCAACCGCCUCGGGUCCGAGAAGUGCAGGGACCUCGUAUAUGUUGCGCACAACUGGCAGGUUGUGCACAACUGGUACAAGGUCCCUCAGGGGCAGGGGGUGGUCAAGGGCAACAUUCCUGAGGCGCCUCUUCCCGAGGGCUACAACAUGGAGGAGGAUGGGGAGGAGGAGGAGGUUGGGGAGGACGAGGACAUGGUUCUUGAGGAUGACUUCAUCUUCAUCUGGUGCUCCUUGUUUCCGUACCCCUUCAUCUGCUGCCAGUGUUUUUGUAUCCUCCUCCCUUUUGCCACUAAGCCUAUCCCUCUCCCUUCUCCCAUAUCCUCCACAUUGUCUCCUCACAGCAUCUCCCUCUGGCUGCUGCCAGUUGAAACCACCUGCUGUGCCUCCCAGUGGCUGCUGUGCCUCCCAGUGGCUGCUGUGCCUCCCACUUCACCCUCCGCCUGCUGCCAGUGGAAACCACCUGCUACGCCUCCCAGAAGGAGAUUGAUCCCUUCCCAAGCGACUUUUGAGUCGACUCAAAGUCACCACCUGCUACGCCUCGCAGGAGGAGAUUGCCUCAGCCACUUCACCCUGCGUCUGCUGCCAGUGGAAACCACGUGCUACGCCUCCCAGGAGGAGAUCGCCUCAGCCAUCAAGCCUCUCAUUGCCGCCCACUUCCCCCCGGUCGGCCAAUCAGCAAGCGACACGUCCGAGGCCCAACCCAAGGGAUCAACGUUCGGAAUCAUAUUUGAGAAGCGAGCCAACGAAGGGCUUGAGAGAGCAGGCGUGAUCGACACUGUAGCCAAGCUGGUGCCUGCUCCGCAUAAAGUGGACCUCCGGAACCCAGACAAGACCAUCAUGCUGCAAGUGGUGAAGACCAUCUGUUUCAUCUCCAUCUUAAACGAUUUCAAGGCCCUUGCCAAGUACAACCUGCGCCAGUUGUGCCUCCCCCAGGAGGAUGCCAAGCCUGCCCCAUCCGCAGCAGCACUUGUCGUUCCUGGUGUGGCUCCUGCUGCCCCUUCAGCCUCUCCUACGGCCUCCGCCCCCCCUGCUGCGGCCUCUGCCGUGUGGCCUCUGCCGCCCCUGCUGUGGCUUGUGCCGCCCUUGCUGCCCGUGCUUUCCGGCUCGUGCAUGCAGCCCUAUCCUCUGCAGCUCCUUUAG